AUGGAAUAUACAUUCAAAGUAUUGUGCGGGUCACCAGAUGGGAAGGUUGUGGAGAAAUUGACUACUCGGCGACUCGGAGAUAAUGAUGUCUUCAUCGAGACCACCCAUUCCGGCCUGUGCGGAACAGACGAGCACUUUCUUCAUUGCGACCAGGCUCUUGGACACGAAGGGGUAGGUGUUGUAAAGCACGUUGGUCCCAGCGUGAGGUCCGUAAAAGUUGGGGACAGGGUUGGAUUCGGCUUUAUCCGUCGUGUGUGUGGGAGAUGCGACAACUGUAUAAGUGGCUGCGAUCAUCACUGCAGAGAAAAACGAGCAUACGGCCAACAUGACUUCGAUGUUGGAUCAUUCAGCCACGGCACCGUCUGGGAUGCCGAUGCCGUCUAUCCCAUUCCAGAAGGAUACGAUUCGGCCCAUGCAGCACCACUCCUAUGCGCCGGUGCUUCUGUCUGGGCUUGCUUGACCAACAAUGGCAUCCGACCUUCCGACCGUGUUGGUGUCAUGGGAAUAGGGGGGCUUGGUCAUCUCGCGAUCAAGCUUGCUGGGGCAUUGAGAUAUAACGUGGUGGCGUUGUCAAGUUCGGAAAAGAAACGCGAGGAAGCGCUAGAAUUUGGAGCGUCAGAGUUCUAUCGCUUUCCCAAUCCUCAGAUGCCAAAUCACAUCAAACCCGUCAAACAUCUUUUAUUAUGUGGGAGCUCUGAUGUUGACUAUGCCUCUCUACUGGAUUUGGUUGAUACAAACGGGACUAUAUAUCAUAUUUCUGUGACCUUGAAGCCUACUCCUAUUCCUUUAGUUCCGUUUGGUCAGAAGGGGAUACGGAUUCAGGGAUGCUUCAUCACUUCGCGGCGUAAUCUGCAAGAGUUGUUGGAGUCUGCUGCCCGGUUUGAUAUCAAACCGACUAUUAUGACUUUCCCUCUUACUAGGAACGGCCUUGAAGAGGCGAUUGAGAAACUGAGAGCGGGUAAGAUUAGAUACAGGGCAGUCCUGGAACAUCAUACAUUAUAG